GGAAGCCACGAAGGCUGGAGGGGUAAGUUGGGAAACAGGAGAACUGGAGCUACGGUAUAAAUAGGGUCGUUGGCUGCAGCUGUCGACUCCGCUUCCCUUUUUAUCCUUUUAUUAUUAUCAUCAUGAUUCAGCAAGCCACAAACGAAUGAUUCACAAAAGCCCAAACGCCACUCUCUCUCUCUCUCUCUCUCUUCUUAGCUUUGCUUUGAUUCGCUUUACCUUCUUCACUUGCUUGUUUUUCUUUCCAAUAUCUAAUUUUUCUGACUCGUGCUUGUCCUGGUGCAUGCUGGUACCAAUAAUUGAUCAGACUUUAAUUGUUUGGUACCAAGUUGGUAUCUGCGUGGAGGAGAGUACUGUUUCAGAUGGCUUCAGAUGAGACUAUGACCAUCCACUCUUCAACACAGGAAGAUGACUACGAUGAUUAUAUCUAUGAUCAUGAUCAUGAACAACCCCAUCCCCUCAACUUGUCUAGGCUUUCCGUCUGUACGAGCAGUUCUAAUUUGUACGAGAAUGAUGAAAAUGAUGAUGAUGAUGAUGUUGGUCAUGGGAACUACUAUCAAGCUGCAGAAGGAAACAAUGGCAUGAGGAUGUUCAUGUCACGCUUGUCCAUUGAAAGCUUUGAUGCAGACGGGGAAUACUCGGAUGAAAAAGAAGGCAAAGAACUAACAGGGUUGUCGUCUGACUCCGACAGCGAACAGGGUUGUUAUUCACUCCCGGCGACACCACGUCGUAGGAACCGGGGUCAUGGGCAGCAGCUGAUAGAGGUCAAAGAGUAUGCGAGCGAGAAUGAAGCUAAAAAGGGUCUUCUAGCAAGAAAGAAGACAAGGAACAAUGUGAGGAGAAGGAAAAUCAUUAGGAAAAGAUGUCUGUUGGAAAAAGCUGGUUGGGAAACCUUUGACUGCAACAAGAUGAGCAAGAACAACAUGAUGAUGGACAUGGGAGGGACGGAUGCCGCGGGGGUUAAUUCCAAUUGCCAAAGCGUCAGUGGGGAAAGCGACCAGGGCGGUGCGGGUGGCGGUGCUGGUGGCUGUAGUGGCGCAGGGGUGAUGGUGAUAACCAGGCCAAAGGGAGGCAGGAGGUCUCUGUGCAUGGACUUGGAGGAAGUGAAGGCCUGCAGAGAUCUUGGGUUUGAGUUGGAACACGAGCGCAUGAUGGAGAUACCCUCUCGCCUCUCUAUUUCCGGUUCACCGCUAGACACCAGCAGUGGCGGCAAUUCUCCCAUUGCCAACUGGCGCAUCUCCAGCCCAGGUGAUGAUCCACGAGACGUCAAGGCUCGGCUCAAGGUGUGGGCACAGGUUGUGGCGCUCGCAUCAACAUCUCGACAGGGAAGCUGACUACGUUUCUAACUAUAUAUCCACCUUUUUUUUGUUUUUGUUGUUUCUAAUUGUAUUUUUUACUUUUUCGAGGCUUUGUUUUAGUGCGACGAAGAAUGUUGUUUCUUUAUCUCUCUUUCGAUAUUGAAAGAGUGGUCCUUUUUUGCAGCGUUUCUUCAAUUUUUUUUUAUUUAUUUAUUUUUUUUUUCCUGGGAUUGACGUUGGAAUUUCAUGAGGUGCAGUUUUCUAUUUGGUUGUGCACUGCUUUUCAAUUCAUAUGUAAAUCUCCUCACUCAUGUAAAUAUAGCACUAUAUAUAGCCAGAUUGAGGAUGGAAGAGUGAUGAUAGACUAUAAACACAGUUGAAUAUAUACUAAUUUGAUUUUCUGAAA